AUGAUCUCCACAAGCAGGUACAAAAAAUCUCUUCCGGAAGCAACCUGCGUCAGCUCUCACCAGCUGUCGCGGCGCAUAAAGCACAUACGCACAUGUUCUUCACGAAUUAGUCACAGAUCUGGAUCUACCUUCAAUACUUAUCCAUCUCGGUGUAGUGGUGUUGACUACAUCAAACGUCAGCUCACGCUUUGCAAAGUUGUUCAGCAGUGGCGAGUCUUUCAGACAUUGUCUCCACUUAUCCGACACGUCCGCAAAUAUGAGAAGGCAAGAAAGAAUGGACGUUCUGGAGACUAUGUAUCUCAAAACGGGGAUGUUGUUGUGGCUGGUAACAAAUUCAAUAGGGACAUCUGGUCCAAGCUAAUUCUAUUGGAUCCAUCUUUGAGUCCAAAGACUAACACAACAAACGGCUUGUAUCAUUUUACCAUCCGUGACAAGUUGGAUUCUACCUGCUUUGAGUUUAAGAAGGACCAUGCUGUGAUGGAAAAACUUGACAGUCUGGUGCAGCUUAUGUUUCAUGGUAUUGGCUUUGGUGCCAUGCGGCAUUCGGAAAUAAAGGAAAUGGAAGAGUGCGGGAGGCCAAGAUUCUUCAAUGGCGAGAUAUGGUAUUCGGCAGAGGGUUUCAAGCGGUCAAAUGUUUUCCGGACAUCCAAUGGUUUUGUGGAAAGACGUCUACCGUGGUCCUUGAGUCGCUUGUAUCUCUUGUAUCUUCUUGCCAAAGAAGAAACGGGAUAUUGUUCAGUUGAUGGACUGAAGCCAACACACAUGGCCCAGGAGAUAUUCCAGCUAGAUACUCUUCCUAAGUAA